GGUCGAUGGAGCCUUUCUCCGUCACUGGUGUCAGUGUCAAGGAAGCCAACAUGUUGCGGUUGUGCGGUUCUCUGUCGAUGGUUCAAGACUUGCCCCACGGGCUGCUCGUCCUCCUGCGCACAGUGGCGGUUUAUUGGUGCAUCUGCCUGUGUCUCACCUGCUGCGGCCCUCUCAUUGACGCUUGAUCGCGAAGGCUGUUGAAUUCAAGUCCAGCGACCACGCAGCAUUGCUAGGAUUCUCCGCAGUGUGGAUGACAUCUUCAGUUCAAGAAGCUCAAGCAAAGUAUUGGAUUUGAUAGUUCGAAAAAGCAGUGCGGUGCUUUAAGUGUGGUGUCAGAAGGAGGAGGCGCUUUCGGGCAGGAAGUUAGACAGCACGGUUGGUUGACAGUGUGGCAAGAUGGCGUCUUCCGGGGCUCUCCUGGUUGCUGCACCGGUUUCCCGAAUUACGUGUUCCAGCAUGAGCAUCAUCCGCCGUCCCGCUUUUUGCCUCUCCCAGCCAUGCACUCCCAUGGCAACCCACCCAAGGCCACGCAACCCAAUCCACAAUAGCGGGUUCUUCAGUAACCCAGCUUCAACCAGCACGCCCAGCCUCCUGAUAGCAGCAGGGGGCAAGAAAGACAAGCUGAAGAAGCGCCGGAAAGGGCGACGAGACUCCACUGUUCACAAAGCUCUGGGCCCGGGGGGUGAGAGUGUUCUCACGGUGACUUCGAGAUUGUCCCCUGAGGAGGUUUGGGAGAGGGAGGAGCGGCGAUGGGAGAGGGAAGAGCUGCGCUGGUUGAGGGAGGAACAGAGGUGGUUGAAGGAGGAAUCGCGGUGGGAGCGGGAACGUGAGGAGUGGGCCCAAGAAGAGGCCCAGUUGCAAAACCACAUUGAGGCGCUGCGAGCGUCCUUCGCUGAGACGCAGCUAGAGGCGCAGAGCCGAGCGGAUGCCAUGCGGCUGUCGAUCCAAGAGGAGUCGGCGCAAGCACAGAUGGUGGGCGAAGCCGCUUUGGGGGCGCAGCUAGCAAUUGAUGGAGAGCUCCAAUUGGCGCGCGCCAGGUGGCGCGAGGAGGAGCAGGCGCUGCUGGCCGAGGUGGACGCGCUCAAAACGGCUCUGGCGGAGGUACUAGACGAAGCAAACGCCAAGGCGGAAGCAGCCAGGAUGACGUGGCAGAAGCAUGAGGCGACGCUGCAGGCGGAGAUUGCGCAGUUGAAGCACUCCCUGCUGGAGGCCCAAGCGGUGGCGCAGGCGCGCAACGGAGGCAAGUCCGCGAAGCCCACCAAGCCGGCAAGCGAGAAGGCCCCCAAGAUGGAGAAGCCCGAGACGAUCGUAAGACCGGCGCCGACAGCGGAGGAGAUCAUCGCAGCUGUCGCUUCAAGGACGCCGACACCAAUGAAACCGGAGGUAAAGGGCGUCUUCAAGACCUCAUUUUCCAACGGCGCCGCCGCAACGAACGGCGCCCCCAAAACCGCCCCCCCUGCCGCGCACCGAACUUUGCGCUACGGCGCCGAAGGCCCCGACGUAAAAGCAGUCCAAGCAGAGCUCGAACGCCUCGGCUUCUACUGCGGCGAAGAAGAAAUGGAAGCGGAUGCAUACGAAGACGGGACCGAUACUGCGGUGAAGUCGUGGCAGUGCAGCGUGGGGGUGAGAGAAGACGGAGUCCUGACACCCGAGCUGCAGGUGCUCCUUCUCGGGGGGGUCGUCGCUGGGGCAAAGCAGGGGGGGGCGGCGGUAACGGAGGCGCGUGUUGAGCAGAAAGACAGAGAGGUGGAGAGCGAGCGGUUUGCGAGGACGGCGGCAGAGGGGAGCGUGUCUGGGAGCACCCGGCGGGUGUAUUUACUAGGGGAGAACAGGUGGGAGGAGCCAGAUCGUCUUGUUCCGAACAGCGCCAAGGCCAUGGCUGUUGGCAUGCAAAAGUGCUUCGCUUGCAAGGGGGAGGGCAAGGUCAUGUGCACUGAAUGCGAAGGAACAGGGGACAUGAACGUGGAAGAACAGUUUCUGAGUUGGGCGGGAGAGGAUCCCAGCUGCCCCUACUGCAACGGCACCGGUGCAACCGACUGUGACUCGUGCCAGGGGAGUGGCAUAGAGAAAAUCUUGAUCAGCUAGACGUUGGCUUCAGCUUUUACUUCUUGCGGCAUGGUGGUUUAGUAUAUAUGCUGAACAAUCCACGGAUAUGCAAUUGAUAGGUUGCUGUUGUGCUCGCUGUUGGAUUAAGCGUCUCGUCACGCUCUUAUUGUCAGGACGUAUGUUGGACGGAUCCUGUGCCUUCAGGGCGUCUCCCUCUCUUUGCUGCAUUUGGUGGUCAGACAACCUGGCAAGCCUUCAAUCAGAUUCCAUCACUGCCAAGUUGGCGGUGCUACCAUCAGUCGGACCUUACGUCAUGUGGAUUCAAACGACCGUUGGACUCCUGUCCAAGUUGUUAGCAUGGGC